AUGUUGAAAGGUGACGACGAGUUUCGAGAGGACUUGUAUGCAAUUCUGGGCCUCGAGCCUGCAGCAGACAAGCGCCUCGUAGCCCGUGCUUACAAGAAAAAGUCUAUUUUAUACCAUCCAGACCGUGGCGGAGACGUGCAAAAGUUCCUAGAAUUGACUUAUGCGCGUGAUAUUCUGCUGGAUCCUAAGAAAAAAGAAGCAUAUGAUAAGAAAUUAUCACGUGAGCUGCUGAUCAAGAAGCAACAACGCGAACGAGAGGCGGAGCUCGAUGGCAAGCGCAGACAGAUGCGAGAUGAGCUACUACAGAAGGAGCAAAACUUUGAAUGUAGUAGGAAACCGACCAUGAAACAGCAGAAAGCAGAACUAACAAAGCUUCGGACCAAAGCUCUGGCUCGUCAACAGGAAAUGCAAGACCGCCUUGCUCAGGAAGCAAAGCGACGGCAAUCUGAGCUGAAAACUUUUCCAGGUCCUCAUGAUGCUCCGAUAUCUCAGCGUACUGUGACUCUUAAGUGGGAUAAGAGGCGGUGUUCUCACUCAGAUAGCACGCUUAGUCGAGAGCUCCGCUCGUAUGGUGAGAUUGAGACUAUCAAGAUAAAGACGUCAUCGGCGAAGGUUAUCUUCAGCAAAGCUGCAUCAGCGGCGAAUGCUGUUAGGAUUGAAGCACACAAGGACUGCUGGCGAGAAGUUUCGAUCCAAGGUCACAUUGUUGAGACGGAUGGGUUUACGUCCACGGAAGACAAGUCGACGAUCAAGAAAAAAUCAUCGAGCCACGAUGUGCAGACGCUUCCUGGAGGGCCUAUCUCACUCGAGGAGCAUUUGGCGUUUGAGAAGUCAGUGCUUGCAGCGCUUCGAGAAAAGGCAAAAACAACAACAACAAGAACAGACUCCUGUGAGAUCGCACUGACGAUAGAUUUGACGGCACAUUUUGAAAGCAGCUGA